AUGAAAACAUCCCGCCAAACCAUGAGAAACCAAAUUAUUUCUUGCUUGGUGUUUGUCGCUUGUGUUGUCAAUGCAAUGGCCAAAACACCCUACAAAACUUGCGGUUCUAAGUUGGGUGUGGCUACAAAUGUUUCUGUUAGUGGCUGCGAUUCCUCUCCAUGUAUACUAAAAAAAGGAUCCAGUAUUAAAAUAACGGUGAAUUUUACUUCCCAUGCCGAUGUUGAGAAAGUCGAAGACGCCGUUUCUGGGAUUAUCGACAAAAUACCAGUGCCAUUUCCAACGCCACACCCAAACGCAUGCACCACAAAAGGAAUUAGUUGCCCGCUAAAGAAGGGACAGAAUUAUACCUAUACUUCCUCAACACCUGUAGUUGCCUCCUAUCCUGAUUUGCGGUUGAUUGUUAGAUGGGCAAUUAAAGACACGAAUGGAGACUACGUAUUCUGUGUGUUGAUUCCUGCUGAGCUCAAAUAA